AUGGAGGCCUUCAAAUCGCUCUUCGCAAAGCCUGACCCCCAGCAGCAGGUGCGAAAAUGCAAUGCAUUGCUCCGCUCCAACAUCCGCAAGCUCGAUCGAGACAUCCUCCAGGUCAAGCAGGCCGAGGCGAAGACGAAGACCCUCAUCCAGCAAGCUGAUAAGAGAGCCAGCCGCGACCCCCAACGAGCCGCGCAGGCGCAGAAGGAAGUGCGUGACUUCGCCCGCGAGCUUAUCCGCGUGAGGAAAGCCAGCGCCCGCCUGGUGACCGCCAAAGCGCAGCUCAAUAGUGUUCAGAUGCAGGUCAACGAGGCCUUUGCGGUCCGCAAGAUUGAAGGGUCCAUCAAAGCCAGCGUCGGGGUUAUGAAGGACCUCAACAGCCUGAUCCGCCUCCCAGAGUUGAUGGUGACCAUGAGGGAGCUGAGCACCGAGCUGAUGAAGGCUGGUAUCAUCGAGGAGAUGGUUGAGGACACAUUGCCCGAGGACGGCGACAUGGAGCUGGAAGAGGAGGCAGAGGGUGAGGUCGACAAGGUUCUUGGGGAGAUUCUCAAGGACAAGAAAGAGACCAAGUUGCCGGCGGCCCCAAUACCAGAGCCCCAGAAGCCCGUGGCAGCGCAAGAGGAGGAGGAAGAGGAGGACGCCGACGUCCUCAUGGAUCAGAUGCGAGACCGGUUAGAAGCUCUACGGAGCUAG